GAGGGUAUAUUCGUCAUUACAGAUCGUACGGUCGUCGAGUCAUCUACGUGGAUGCAAUCGUCACCCUUCAUCUCCAUCUCCCGUUGCCGAAACCCCAACUUCCCCGGUCUUCAAUAGCAUUCAAAAUUCAUUUUUCUCUCUCCUGCCAUUUCACCCGUGGAGAGAGAAACCGAAGCCGACUCCGAGAGAGAGAGAGGGGAUUUGCGAUUCCGAUCUAGGGUUUUGUUUUCGGUGCGGCGGUGAGAUGGCUUGGCCUCCGGAGACGACGUCGUACUUCAGCUGGAAGGAGGUGCAUGUGACGAGCGACAAAGGGAUGAAGGAGGUUCAUUAUUACCUGAAGAGGAGAGACGGAGGCGCAGAUCUGGCUGUUGUCGGGAGGGAGAAUAACUCGAGGCAUAUAUCGUAUAGAUACGCGUUGAAGACGAAUCGCUCCGUUCUAUAUAAGUUUAACACUCGUGGGGAUGUCGUGGAUUGGCUCAACUUUGUUGUUUCAGGUGUAUUACCUCAAGAAGCAAACAUACCAGCUGCCCCUGCGACUACCCAAGCUGCUAAAGGGCUAAAAAAUAUUGACACUAUUAAGGAUGCAUGUGAUCCGGAGCUGGUUCAUAAAAGCAAAAACUUCUCGUGGAUCGGUUCACCAUGGACUUGCAGGAAAAGGCGUAAGCAUUACCCAUCUUUUUUCCGAAAUGGUGUCAGAGUCUCUGUAAAUGAUUUUGUGUAUGUUUUAGCUGAGCAGAAUAAGCGUAUAAUAGCAUACUUGGAAGACAUGUAUGAGGAUUGUAAAGGCAGCAAGAUGGUUGUGGUACGAUGGUUUCACAAAACUGAUGAGGUUGGUAUUGUUUUGCCUCACAAUGUUAAUGACAGAGAGAUUUUCUUUUCUCUUUGUCUUCAAGAUAUCGACAUUGAGUGCAUAGAUGGGUUGGCUACCAUCCUCAGUCUUCAGCACUAUGAGAAAUUUCUUAAGGAGUUUUUGCAUGGUCGGCCAAUAGUCUUCUUUUGUCGUAAAUUAUAUGAAGAAGAUGCCGUGAAGCCUUAUGACAUAACACAACUGAAAGGUUACUGGGGACAACAAAUGCUUAGAUACUUGAAUGUGACCAUUUCAAAGUCCGGUGAAGGUGCUCAGGAACCUGGUAAUGACAUACUAGUAGGGGCUUCUGGGGUUAAUUGUUGUGGGGUUAGAUUGAGGAAGAGGCGCCGUUCCGGCCCUUUAGAGGGUUCAGAUAUGCCAUUACCGAAUGACCAGAAGGAUGAUUACCAACGUAGUCUGCCUGCACCUACGACCCAGGAGGAGGCUAAGCCAAGUUCUUCCCGAUACAUAAAAAGGGGUUCACUUGUUGAAGUGCUUUCUCAAGAUAGUGGCAUCAGAGGUUGUUGGUUUAGGGCUCUAAUAUUAAAGAAGCAUAAGGGUAAGGUGAAGGUCCAAUACCGAGACAUUCAGGAUGCUGAAGAUAAAUCUAAGAAGCUAGAGGAGUGGAUUUUGACAUCUCGGGUUGCUGCUACCGAUGAUUUUGGUCUUAGAAUUCCAGGUCGAAAGAUGAUACGUCCUCCUCUGGAACCCUGCAAAACAAAUACUCUACCUGCUGCUGUUGUUGGAAUGCCUGUGGAUGUGUGGUGGUUUGAUGGCUGGUGGGAAGGCAUCGUGGUUAAAAAAGUCUCGGAAGAGAGAUUUGAAGUCUACCUGCCAGGUGAAAAGAAAAUGUCGGUCUUUCAUUGUAGUGAUUUUAGACAAUCUCAGGAAUGGUUGGGAGAUGAGUGGGUACACAUGAAACCUAGGUCUGAUCUCGUGAGUUCUGUUCUGUCUUCUAUGGAGACAAAACAUACUGCAGUGAAAAUCGAUGAGAAGUCAGCUCAAGUUGGUGGAGGUGAACCUCUGGGCCCUCUUCCAGUAGCUACAAAUCAGAAAGCAUUCUUUUCCCUACCCGUUCGUGAUCUUCUGAAGGAUGUUCUGGUAUCAUCUGAGUUAAAGUGGAAAACGUCAAGGAAGAGAAAACGAAGCAAUUCAUUGGUCACGAAUUACAGAGAUUGUGAAAGAAGAUCUUUGGCUUCUGAAUCCUUUAAAGUAGAUUGCGAGAACUGCAAGUUCAUGGGAGAUUCUCUGUUUGGUUCUUCUGUGGCGCAGCCACUGACUGGGUUGGUAAUGUCAAGAUGAUCAUUGUUGGUGUUGGAUUGUCUUCUAACGGGGUAGCAUGUCGCAUGCCGCCAUCUGCUUGAUGCCGUUUUGGGUUUAGAUUACAAAUGAAUCAGCAGCAGCCGAAGUUGGAUUAGAUUAUUAGUUCAUAGUGUGGCAUCCAAAUUCCUCUUAUGUAUGUAUGGUGUAACAGUAGGUGGGGGAGCUUUUCUUACCCUGGGGAAAUCCAGGCAGCAAAAUUUUUGGAUGCACUACUAGGGUUCUAGCAAUUAAAUCAGGAGGCUUUUCUUAGAUUCUUCUUAAGCUAAUAGAGUUUGCUUUCUCUCUCUCUCUUCAUGUAUUAUCUUUUAAUAAAGUAUGCUUCGUUCUUGCUC